AUGGCUGAACCACCACCUCCAGCUGCACCGCCUCCACCUCCUCCGCCACCACCACCGCCUCCGCCACCACCACCCCCUCCACCACCUCCGGCACCCCCCUUUGCGGGAGGAAGGGCACUUAGCCGGGCGGCCAGAUCAGGAUCCAGAAUGAGGAACUUUAACUGGGAGGCUAUACCUCAGGACACGGUGCUGGGAAAACACAACAUCUGGACGACGGAGAAGAAAAGGGAGUACGAGCUCGACACCCGGCACAUGGAGGAGCUGUUCAGUCGCAGUGAUGAAGUCGACAACCAGGUCAAGGCCUCCAAACGGAUGAGUUUAAGAGGCAUGCCAGCCAAUGCCCUAGUUCCAGAAAUGGUGUCCAUUCUCAGCGCCAAGAAGAACAUGAACAUUGGCAUUUUCCUCAAACAGUUCAGGAGGUCAGUAAAGGAAAUCAUUGAGGACAUCUAUCAAGGCAGGAGUAAAGGAUUUGGGGUUGGAAAACUGCAGGAGCUUUUAAAACUGCUGCCCGAGUCUGGAGAGGUGAAGAAGCUUCUUGCUUUUAAAGGAAACCCUUCGACUCUUUCUGAAGCUGAUCAGUUCAUGGUAGAACUUGUAAAAGUUCCUUGCUAUGAGGAGCGCUUGAAGUGUUUAGUACUUAAAGAGGAAUUUGCUCCAUUCAUGGAUGAGGUGACUCACUCCAUAGCCACUAUGACAUCAGCUGGGAAAGAGCUGUUGGACUGUGUGGAUCUUCAUUCUGUCAUCCAGCUGGUACUGAAGACGGGGAACUACAUGAAUUCUGGUGGUUACGCUGGCAGCGCAGUGGGUUUCCGCAUGACGUCUCUUCUUAAACUAGCCGACACAAAAGCCAACAAGCCAGGAAUGAACCUCAUGCACUAUGUCGUGAUGCAAGCUCAGAAGAGUGACGCUGACCUGCUACAGUUUACUGAACAACUCACACACAUUGGAGCUGCAGCAAGGAUCCACAAACAGGAAAUUGAAUCAGAGUUUCAGAAAAAAGUGACUGAAGUCCAGGAGAUGAGAAAAGCCGCUGAUAAACAGGCCGACCUGGCAGAUCAGAUGGAAGAGUUUUUUCAGUAUGCUGAAUCCAGCAUUGCUGAAACCCAGGCUUCGUUCCAGAUGCUGAACGCAGUCACUGUGUCAGUGGCGGAGUUUUACUGUGAGGAUCCGAGUGAGUUCAGACUGGAGGAUUGCUGCUCUAUAUUCCACUCCUUCUGUGAAAGAUUCACUCGAGCUCUUAAGGAGAACGUGGAUCGAGAGAUGGCCGAGGCUAAACGAAAGCAGCAGGAGCGUCUACAAUCUGCUGCCAAACGACGAUCCACGGCUACGUGCUCCAUGCGGGACAGGGAGAUAGACGGCGUCGCGUUAGAGUCGGUUCUUCAGCGCUUCCUAAUCCCUCCUGAAUCUCGAAGGAGAGCCAGAACACCCUCACCAACUGGAAUGAACCCUCCAGAAAUAAUAGGUAAAGGUAACCGCUCUAAUAAAGACUCUAAAAAGCCCAGCUUGACCCUGAACUUGCCCCAGUCCUCAAUGGAAAAGGAGAACGUGAACGAAAAAAAGACACCGAAGAAAAAACUGAGCCCGUUGUGGAAGAAGCUUGGGAACCGAAUUUCUGUCACGAUUGAGGAUGAUGAAGGUCAGACAGAGGAAGAGGUUAAAAAACUUCGGGAAGUGUCGCAGAAAGUGUUGCGUUAUCAGUCCAGUCGAGGGAGCGUAACGUCCGGGGAGUUUCUCUCACCAGCGGCGUCUCCACUUCGCCGAAGUUUUCAAGAGGAAGGUGAAACACCGUCAACGGUUCCAAAUGGUAAGGACAGCAACCCUACUGAACCACUCAAAAGUCCAGUUUUUUUUAUUCCAAAUAGCCCAGGAAGUAUCGGCCGCCGUCAUACCAUUGUACUUCCCACAAAGCCUUUGAGCAGGACUAACAGUGAUGAGGACCAGUUUAACCCCAGUGACCCUGUGAUCGCAAGUCCUAAAAAAAAGGUCAUUGCUAUUAAACAUGUUGGAAAGCUGCAAUCAGUGGACAGCUACUUUCCGCUCAUGAACGGUACAAGUACAUCAGAGACGGCUACUGACACGUCCACAGAAAUGUCAGCUGACCCUGAAAACACUAAUGACACAGAGGACAGCUUGUCCAGUUUGAAGCAGAGUCAACCAAUCAAAGAACAAACCGCCAAGACCAAAAAAACCUCUCGAUUUAUGUCUUUUUUUAAGCGCUUGAGUGAGAAAAACAAAGCAAACAGCACAGAAACUGAAUCGAGCAGUGUGGAUCCGUAAUGUGGGUCAGCUAUUAGGAAAAUAUUUCAGUAUUUAAGUAUUCAGUACUGGUUUGAUAUUAUACAUGUGAUGCCUCACUAUGCUUAGAAACAAUAAUAAGCGGGUUUUACAGAUAUAUGGAAGCAGUAUGAAUGAUACAGGAUGUAGUAACUCAUACAAAUGUAUGCACCUACUGGAAAGUUAAAUAUCACUAGGAUUGAGUAAUCCAGCAUGGUGUAUUGAUACUGAGUCCUCAGGACCCUUGGAGCAGAGUGACACCAACUCUACCAGCUAUGCCACUGCAAAAAGUUUACAACUUAUUUAUGUGUUUGAAAAUUAAUAAAACUGUAUUUACAGUGUAUUGUACAGCACAGACACAACGAAGAUGAGUUUACAUGUUUUUACUAGUUACAUAACUUUAAAAGUAAUAUUUCUUUUUUUUUAUAUAUAUAUAUAUAAAUGUCUGGUUGCACCAUAAAAACACUUUGAGUUUAUUGUAUAAAUCCUGUCAUUGUAAGAAAACUCACCACUCCCUAGAGAAUGUAAUACAGUAGAAAGCAGAAAUAAUGGUUUUGUCUUGUCC